UGAGGAAGAUCUUCUUCCAAGAGACCUCUGACACAAUUCAAUUCCUCCCCAUUCAAAAGACCAAAAGAAAAAUGGUGAAGAAAGAUUUGGACGUUGUGAAGGGCGUGGACUUGGAGAGGUACAUGGGAAGAUGGUACGAGAUAGCGUCAAUCCCAUCCUUCUUCGUGCCGAAGAGCGGCGUGGACACGAGGGCGACGUACACUCUUAACCAAGAUGGGACGGUGCAUGUGCUCAACGAGACCUGGAGCGACGGCAAGAGAGUGGCCAUCGAGGGCACGGCAUAUAAGGCGGACCCGAAGAGCGACGAGGCCAAGCUCAAGGUCAAGUUCUAUGUCCCUCCGUUCUUGCCCGUUAUUCCCGUCGUUGGGAACUACUGGGUGUUGUACCUCGACGAUGAUUAUCAGUAUGCUCUCAUUGGAGAGCCCACCAGAAAGUACCUCUGGAUAUUAUGUAGGAAGACUCAGCUGGAAGAUGAGAUCUAUGAGAUGCUGGUUCAGAAGGCUAAGAACGAAGGUUAUGACUUAAGAAAACUCCGCAAGACUCCACAGAGCGACCGUCCACCUGAAGGAGGUCCCCAAGACAAUGGCACCUGGUGGCUCAAGUCCCUUAUCGGAAAAUAGGACGCGAUCAGUGAAAGCGGGGUCUCAAAUAUUCCCCGGAAAUAAAAAGAGAUAACCCUGUGUUUUUAUCGUGUUGUGAGUGAUGUGAGAAUCGUGCGAUUAUAGAUCGAGUCAUGUAAAGUUGUGUGAUCUUGCAAAUAUUCAAUUAGUGUACGAGACAUGUGAAUAAAAGAUGGCUAUCCGAGACUCCGUAUUCAGAUAACUAA